CGACAGCCCCCCGGAGAGGCCUCGGGGCCUCCAGCGCACGCCCUGCUGCUCGGGGGCUUUGAGCGGAGCAGGGCGCCCCAGGUCCAGCCCUUCCUGCCCUCGUGGUUGGCUGAGCCAAGCUGCGUUGGAAAGAGUGUCACUGAAGACUUGGUGCCCGUUGACGACAUUCCUGCUGUCCACCCUGACAUUCGGAAGAAGCUGCGGGCACAGGGCAUCUCGUCCUACUUCCCAGUCCAGGCGGCAGUGAUCCCUGCUCUCCUGGAGAGCACAGCCAGCGGGUUUCUGGUGGCCAGAGGUGGCUACCAGCCCAGUGACCUUUGUGUUUCUGCCCCCACGGGCAGCGGGAAGACUCUGGCCUUUGUCAUUCCCGUGGUCCAGGCCCUGCUGGGUCGAGCCGUGUGCCAGGUCCGAGCCUUGGUCGUGCUGCCCACCAAGGAGCUGGCCCAGCAGGUGAGCAGAGUGUUCUGUGUCUACACGGAUGCCACCCCCCUGCGGGUCGCCCUCAUCACUGGGCAGAAGGCGCUGGGCAAGGAGCAGGAGACUCUGGUUCAGAAGACGGCAGACGGCUUCCGCUGCUUGGCCGACGUGGUCGUGGCCACGCCUGGCCGCCUGGUGGACCACAUCGACCAGACCCCGGGUUUCAGCCUCCAGCACCUCCGCUUCCUGAUCAUUGACGAGGCUGACCGCAUGAUCGACAGCAUGCACCAGUCCUGGCUGCCCCGGGUGGUGGAGGCGGCCUUCCCAAGGGCUGGCGCCGAGGACUUCUGCGCCCUGCUCCAGAGGAGGCAGCUCCGGGCCACCACUGCCGCCAGCACCUGCCGUCCUCAGCUGCCGCUGCAGAAGCUGCUCUUCUCGGCCACCCUGACGCAGAACCCCGAGAAGCUGCAGCAGUUGGGCCUCCACCAGCCCCGCCUCUUUUCCACGGGGCUGGCACGCGGGGGCCCCCGGGCCGAGGACCCAGCCGGGGGCUCGGGAGGGAAGUAUGCCUUCCCCGCGGGGCUCUCGCACCACUACGUCCCCUGCCGCCUCCGCAUGAAGCCACUGGUCAUUCUGCACCUGAUCCUGGAGAUGGGGUUCUCCAGAGUCCUCUGCUUUACCAACUCCCGGGAGAACUCGCACAGGCUCUUCCUGCUGGUCCAGGCUUUCGGGGGUGUGGCGGCCGCGGAGUUCUCCUCCCGCUGCGGGCCCGGCCAGAGGAAGGGGGUCUUGAAGCAGUUCGAGCAGGGCAAGAUUCAGCUCCUCAUCAGCACGGACGCCACGGCUCGAGGCAUUGACGUGCCAGGGGUGCAGCUGGUCGUCAACUAUGACGCCCCCCAGUACCUGCGCACCUACGUGCACCGGGUCGGAAGGACAGCCCGCGCCGGAAGAACUGGACAGGCCUUCACGCUGCUUCUCAAAGUACAGGAGAGGAGGUUCCUGCGGAUGCUGGCCGAGGCGGGGGCCCCCGAGCUGACGCGGCACGAUGUCCCGAGCGAGACCCUGAGACCGCUGGUCCCUCGCUACGAGCAGGCCUUGUCCCAGCUGCAGCAGGCCGUCCAGACAGAGCGAAUGGAGAAAGCCUCCUAGAGGGACUCAGGACCGAGGAGCCUAGCCCAGUACCGGGCAGCCCCUCCCACCUGGUACCAGCUCCUUUCUGGAAAAUUCUGAUCAUUGGCAUCUGGAUGUACGAGCAAAAAGAGUUUGGACUCGCAAGGAAGCAUCCAGGGGAGAGACCGUGGGUCCCCAAGCCUGCGGCAGCCUGGCUCCAUUGUUCUCAGACUGGGGAGGAUGGUCAGGUGGCCUCUGAGCGCAGUGCUUUCUGGAAGCGGGGCUCAGUAGGCGUGGCCCUGCACCCAAGGCUGCCUGCCCUGAGCCCCGCACUCACCCCUGGCCCGGGCGCCGGCGUGUGACGUCAGUAGGCCGUUCUUGGUGCUGUCCUCGCGUGUCGUGCCUCUGGGCACAUGGCAUCGGCCUGGACCCGCGCACGCCUUUGUUCCAGCGGCACGCCGGGCUCCCUCGCGGGGUAACGGAGCAUCUCCCGAAGCCCUGACCCACCUCUCGUGUGACUGUUGUGUCCCUGGUUCAUGUGCUGGAAUUAAAACCACCGUUGACAAAGCA